AUGUUUGAGAAACAUCAAAUAUCGUCGAGAAUGGAAGAAGACACAGAAACACAAAAACGCAACCCAACAAGCGAAUACACUUUCGAAGAUGCGUUUGAAAAGACAGGUCAUGGCAAAAUCAACCACUUGGUGCUGUUCACCAGUGGUCUGAUCAUGCUGAAUGUAUCCAUGGAGUCAGUCGGUAUGAGCUACGCCAUCACAGCAGCGGAGUGCGAAUUGCAUUUGAACAGUCAACAGAAGGGCCUGGUUAAUGCUGCUGCAUUUAUUGGUAUAAUCAGUACAUCAUUCCUAUGGGGCUACUUAGUUGACAGAUUAGGAAGACGUGCAGUGAUGCUGCCAGCCAUAGUCGUUUCUGCCAUCUUCUCCAUCAUAUCCUCAUUCUCGAGUAACGUCUGGAUGCUGAUCCUCUUUAGGUUCCUGACAGGAUGUUCAGUAUCUGCAUCCAGUGCAACAGUAUACGCUUACCUUGGCGAAAUGCACACCAACUCUAAACGAGCAUCCGCCAUCGCCUGGGGAUCUGCCUUCAUAUCCUUCUCAUUCAUAACUCUACCAGGUCUAGCCUGGAUAAUAAUCCCAGGCAAGUGGUCUUUUACGUUGGGCUACAUGGAGAUCGUCCCCUGGCGCGCGUUCGUCUGCCUGUGGUGUAUCCCUGGGUUAACAUCUGCUAUCAUUCUUCUGUUCUUGCCUGAAAGCCCGCGGUUCCUGCUCGUUGCCAAGGGUCCGGAGGCUGCGUUGCCAGUUCUAGCGAAGAUGUACAAAUGGAAUUACGGUGGAAGUGCUGACGAUUUUCCUGUAAAGAAGAUAAGAUCAGGCGGUGAGGAGGUGAAGAAGGCAGGUUUUGCAGGAGCCAUCAAGAACGUGAGCGUCAUGUUCAAGGGGCCUCUGCUGAAAUGUGUAAUAAUAUCACAUGUCUCCAUGUUUACUAUUUUCAUGUUAUCAAGCGGUCUAUACGUCUGGGUACCAGAUAUACUGAACAGCAUCCUCAAAAGUGGGUUCAACCAAAAGAUCUCCAUCUGUCAGAUUAUAGAAGACAAAUUUUUGAAUGCUACUUUAUCACCACAAAAGACCUGCGAGGCUGAAGUAUCAAUAGCUAUGUUCCCGAUAUCAAUGUCGAUGGGAGCGGUAUUCGCGUUCACUUACUUGGCCAUAGGAUUCUUGAUCAAUAAGCUUGGAAGAAAAACCAUGUACUGUGGAGUAAUGUUUAUUUGUGGAGUGGCGUUGGUGGGCGCGGCCUUCGUUCCUGAGGGGGUGGCGGCCACGGCGCUGCUCAUCGUGUCGCUGUGCUCCGGCUGCGCCGCUUCCAUCCUCGCGGCUAUUGCCGUUGAUGUGUUUCCGACUUCUUUGAGGGCGAUGGCGAUGUGCGUGAUGUACAUGGUGGGACGAGCUGGGGCAGCCGUGGGCUCGUACCUGCUGGGCGCCACGCUCGACCUGCACUGCCUUGAAGCUUUUACAGCCCUCGGAAUUUUUACUUCUGGUUCCACAAUACUAAUGAUGUUUUGGCCAAAUCCAGAAAAAGUGCGGAAACAAAUGGAGGACAAAGGAUUCUCGUACUAA